AUGGUUGAACAAAUUUAUCAGGUAGUUUGUACUAUAAUUACUUCAAAAUACAAACAUAUAUUAAAUAUAAGAUAUAUUACUCAUGCAAUAAACCUUAUUUCCAAAGAUAUUUGUAAAACACCAUUUGCUAAUAAAAUUUUAAGACAUUGUCAAAUACUUAAAGAUAUUGCAAAUGAAAAAGCAGUUAAAGGAGGUGGUUUAAAACAUUAG